AUGAUGUUCUCAGCUUUAGCUGCUUUCUCCUUUCUACAUCUUACUCUAUGUGCAAGUAUUGGAGAUCCACAAUCUAACCGGUCUGUGCCAAUUCCAAUUAACCCUCGACAACACAUACCAGAGCAGCUAUUGAUGGUACCAUCCUUAACUGAAACGCAUCCUCAGGAACAACAUUCUGCUGGAAAUCAACCGUCUCACCUUCAGAAUAUACCCCAAUAUAUACCCUUUGCCGGCUUUCCAUUUAAUUCAAAUCAACACCAGCCCCAACAACAGUUACCCGAAUCAGAACCACUCAACUUACCAUCGUUACCAUUUUCUCAACAUCAAUCGUUUCCUAAUCCACAAAGCUUCUUACUACCGCUUGUAAUGCCAUCAUUAUAUUUUCCUUCUCAAUUCCCACAACAACAACAACAACAGUCAAAUGUAGAACCAUAUCCAUCAUCAUUACCUCAAACGCAACAACAAUGGCCCUUCUCAAUUUCGAGUAAAUCGAGUCAAUCACAACGAACAGAUAGUAGUUUUUCGUGGUCACAUCAGAAACAAUGUCAGACAGUCAAUGACACGUAUAAAUGUGUUCAAUCUCUGCGCAUACCAAAGCCAAAAGAUAAAACAAAUGUAACACAAUUAAUUGAUUCAUUGAAAGUGAAUGGCUGGGACGAUUGCCAAUUAUUAAAUGAACAAAUCAUUUGUCAAAAAACACAAGAAGGUGCUGCACGUGAAAAAAAUUUAUUACCAAUAGUUCUUGAUUCAAAUGCGUCACAUAGUUCAGAUGAGUAA